GCUGGGAUGAGAGCGGGGAGGGAUUGGGUGUUUUGCCCUUGCGCCAGUGGAAUUUCACGUUUGAGAAGAAAAGGCGAGUGUGCGAUUUUAUCGCUUGCAGGAGAGUAAAAUAAGGAAAUGUAACAUUGGGAAAAUUAACAAGAUAACAUUUUUAUAAAGUUGAGCAUACCUGUAUCACUUUUUAAAAGUUAGCUAGUAGAUAACGUUAGAUGGCAAGUGUAAAGAAGAAACUUUGGGAAAACAACGGUACAUUCUCAUCAAAUGACGGGAUCCGUGCCAGUUCUUUGAAUUUUGAAAAGGGUCAACGUACAAUACAUCUACAGAAGGGCAAUGGAUUCAAAAGGAAGACCCAGACCCACCCGUCCUUCAAUGACUCGUUCGAAGGAGAACUGCAGGCCUUCCUGAUUGAUGAAGAUGCACUCCACACCUACGAUGACCUAACCAAAGUCAACCCUGUGACCCCCACUACAGUCCUGAAAUGCUUGCAGGCAAGGUACCGAGCAAAGGUGUUUUACACACAGGCUGGCUGCACUCUGGUGGCUCUCAACCCUUUUCAACCCGUUCCUCACCUGUACACUCUGGACGUGAUGAGAGAGUACCACUGUGCUACACAACCACAGGAAUUCAAACCGCACAUAUUCGUAGCUGCUGAGGAAGCUUACAGGAACGUCCAAGGUCAAGUGGAACCGGCAAACCAGUCGCUGGUGGUCAGUGGGGAAAGUGGAGCAGGAAAGACAUGGACGUCUCGUUGCCUCAUGAAGUACUACGCCACGGUAGCGGCCUCGUCAUCUUCCCAAAAAUGCCAGGAUACCGUGGAGAGGAUAGAGAAGCGGGUUCUGGACUCAAACCCAAUAAUGGAGGCCUUCGGAAACGCCUGCACUUUAAGGAACCACAACAGCAGCCGGUUUGGGAAAUACAUUCAGCUCCAGUUGAACAGAUCGCAACUGUUAGUGGGGGCUUCUAUUCAAACAUACCUCUUAGAGAAGACCAGAGUUGCUUUCCAAGCUGCUAAUGAGAGAAAUUUUCACAUUUUUUACCAGAUGGUGAAGGGUGCCACAGAGGAGCAGAGACAUAAGUGGAGGAUGUCAUGUGACCGGUGGUUCAACUGGCUGCCGAAUGCUGACAAAACACUAGAGGAAGAUUGUUUUGAGGAAACCACAGAUGCAAUGACAAACAUGGGCAUUACCAAGGAGAAGCAGGAACAGAUAUUCCAAAUUUUAGCAGGCCUCCUUCACCUCGGAAACGUGAGUUUCUGCCCUCCGACGGAUGAAUCACAACCAUGUGACCUCCAGGAGCAAUCCAAAGAUUUCCUGCAGAGCACGGCCGAGCUGCUGCAGAUGCCGCAGGAGCAGCUGCUGUCCUGUCUGAGAUUAAGGGCCCUGAAGGCUGGGAAGCAGAGCGUGCUUUUGAAGCCUUGCUCUCUGGCAGAGUGCACAGUGAGGAGGGACUGCCUGGCCAAAGUCAUCUACGCCCAUGUGUUCGACUGGCUGGUAGCAUUCAUCAACAACAGCAUCUGUGCGGACACGUCCAGCUGGUGCAAUUUUAUAGGUGUCCUCGACGUCUAUGGAUUUGAGUGCUUUGCCUUGAAUAACCUGGAGCAGCUGUGUAUCAACUACGCCAAUGAGAAGCUGCAGCAGCACUUUGUGGCCCAUUAUCUGAAGGCACAGCAGGAGGAGUAUGUGUCUGAGGGACUUGAGUGGUCCUUCAUCAAAUACCAGGACAAUCAGAGCUGUUUGGAUUUGAUAGAGGGAAGUCCUACCUGUAUCUUCUCUCUGCUGAAUGAGGACUGCCGCCUCAAUCGCGCCUCGGACGCCAAGCAGUUCAAAGCUCGGCUGGAGAAGGAGCUGUCCGACAACGCCUGCAUGAGCUGGGACAAGUUCAGCGAGCAGCCGCACUUCACGGUGUCCCACUACGCGGGAAACGUUUGCUACCAGAUUGAGGGCAUGAUGGAAAAGAACAAGGAUCCUGUACCUGUGGAGCUCAUUCACAUGCUCCAGGAAUCCCAAGAUCCUCUGCUUCAGGGUCUCUUUACUCACCAUGACAUGGAAAUGAACAGCAGUCGGGGACACGGAAAAGUCGUCACCGUGGUCUCCAAAUUUAAGAAUUCGCUCGAGAGUCUGAUGAAGAUAUUGCACAGCACCACUCCACACUACACCAGAUGCAUAAAGCCCAACCCGGAGUGCCAGCCUCUGACCUUUAAAAAAGAGGAGGUUAUUGUCCAGCUACAAGCAUGUGGCAUUGUGGAGACAAUUAAUAUAAGUGCAGCAGGAUUUCCCAUCAGAAUACCUUAUCCAAGCUUUUUGCAACGCUAUGGACUGAUUGUGAACUCCAGGAUGUGCAGGCAGUCGCUGAAUGGAAACGGACCAGAGGCGGAUAAAGACAUCCUGAGCCCCACGGUUGCCGAUGUCCUCAGUGUGGUCCUGCGGAGUCAUCCCCUGGAGACCCCCAGUGCCUCUGAGACAGAGUCUCACAGCUCUUUGGUGCACUGUGGAAAAACCAAAGUGUUCCUAACGCACUACAUGCUGGAGCUCCUGGAGAGCCAGAGGGACAGGGUGCGCUCGCAGAGAGCUUUCUGCAUCCAGUGCUGCUGGCGGAGGCACUACAGGAGGAAACAGGAGGCUCGGAGGCGAGCCGUAGUCAGGAUCCAAGCAGCUGUCAGGGCUUGGUUGAUUAGAAGAGAAGUCUUGCAAUGGCAUGAGGCUGCCAACCUCAUCCAGAAGACUUGGAGAAAGUGGAGAACUGCGAUGGAGGCCUUGGCUGAGACGGAGCUGGACGACGCCGUGGACGUGAAGGAGGCCCCCGUCUACGACCCCGCGGUUCGGGAGAGCGGGUCCGUGCAGCUCUCCACGUGCCCGGAGCCAGUAACGGUGCGGGCGUGGCCCCUCGGUCUGGCUCUGGCUUCAGCUCCCAGCAUCACCGUUGCCAUGACGGCCAGUGGCUUCCAAAAGGUGAUGUCCCUCAUGGCGUGCCUCAAGCUGUCCUUCAGGAGCGGGGACUACAAGGUGGAGACCAACCAGUUUGAGCAGGGUGUGGCCUCCAUUCGAGCUCAACCCCAGGAGUCAAUUAAACUGCAUCUCCAGAGAUCUCCGCUCCUCUAUGCUGACAUAUGUCCAGGAAGCAAAGGAGAUGGAGUUACUGGCUUCAACCAGAUUCUGUUGGAGAACAUCAUCUGACCUUCAUUUUUAACCAACACUAUAUAAAAAUCUUUAAUCACAGCACAUUUUUUGCAAUAACCAACCAUGGGAGAUCUUUUAAUCUACUUUUUUGUUCUCGAGCAUAAAUUCAAAUCUGUAUAUAAUUCUGGUCUUGGGUUGAUUUCACACACAGAAACAUAGUGCCGUCACCAAUCGUGUCUUAACUGGAAUAUGUAUUAUCAGUUUUGUAUUUAUGUAUGCAGAUGUUUUUGUCUUAAAUCUGUAACCCUUUACAUGUUUAAUUUUAUAGGUUUUGUUGUGUGAUCCUAAAUGAUGUGGAUAUGAUUAUUUUAGCAGAGAUACAUGUAAACUCUAAAUAGUGUGCUGUUCUGAAGUAUUACACUACAUCGACAUAUGUUUUAAAUGUAUAAUUAUGUUUGUGCGCAAAAGUUAUCUGCAAACGAUGUUAUGUUAAAUUAAUGCUGAGCAUUUUUUGGUCCAGUUGUAUUUUAAGAGAUCCAUGUACUAUAAUUUAUAUUUGGGACAAAAACACUUUAAUUUAUGGAGAAGUCUAAAUGUUCAGUUCUUCCCGUGUCUCAACACUAUUGCCAAAAUGAAUGCGUGGCAUAUGGGUCCGUAUUAUGGGAUGCCAGUUGCCUUACUGCUGAACACUAAACAGAAACCAAAGGGCAGGAUAAAAAGCACAUUAGAGCAUUGUAUGAGUAUGAACUGUGUAUAUGACAUAUUUUGCCAUGUUGAUGCUGCUGUCACAAAACAAGGUGCAAAGCGAGGGUUUGCAAAAAUGAUUCCAGAUUUGCUUGAUUCCAAUACCUCCAUCAUACGGGUAAGCACCAUUUUCUGCCUUCGUGUUGUAUAAAUAAAUGUACAAACUAAAAGUAAUUUCAGUUCACUAUUGGUCAAAGGGACUCUACAGCUUGCAAUAAAUGUAUUUUUGAAGUUAC